AUGGGAGGACACACGACCGGCACCGCAGCUUAUGAUGCUGCUCUGCAACGGCGCCAGGCGCUCAUGGGCGCCAGUGGUGCCAGAGCGCUGGUCAAGAACUGGAAGGUUGCCCGCAUCGCCGCCUUCGCAUGUAUCGGAGGUGUUUUAUAUGGCUAUAACCAAGGAAUGUUUUCCGGAAUCUUGGCCAUGCCGUCUUUUGAGAAGCACAUGGACGGAUAUACCAAGAACCAGACCCAGAAGGGAUGGUUAACGGCCAUUCUGGAGCUUGGCGCUUGGGUCGGUGCUGUUCUGUCUGGCUUCAUCGCCGAAGUCUGUUCCCGCAAGUACGGCGUACUCAUUGCCACGGGUGUCUUCAUUCUUGGUGUGAUUGUACAAAUUACUUCCAUCACGGGUGGCCACGAGUCCAUCCUGGGAGGACGUUUCAUCACGGGUAUGGGCGUUGGAAGCCUGUCGAUGAUUGUGCCACUGUACAAUUCCGAAUGCGCACCACCGGAAGUUCGAGGCGCCCUCGUGGCUCUCCAACAGCUCGCCAUCACUUUCGGUAUCAUGAUCAGCUUCUGGAUUGACGGCUGCAAUUACAUAGGCGGCACGACUGAGGCAACCCAGUCCGACGCAGCUUGGCUGGUGCCCAUCUGCCUGCAACUGGGUCCGGCCGCAAUCCUCUUUGUCGGAAUGAUCUGGAUGCCGUUUUCCCCGCGUUGGUUGAUUCACCACGGCCGCGAGGAGGAAGCUCGGAAAAUCCUCGCCGACCUCCGCGACCUUCCCGAGAACCAUGAAUUGAUCGAGCUCGAGUUCCUCGAGAUCAAGGCCCAGUCGCUGUUCGAGAAGCGCAGCACCGCCGAGCUCUUCCCCCACCUCCAGGCACAAACUGCGUGGAACACAUUCAAACUGCAGUUCGUUGCGAUCAAAGCACUCUUCCAGACCAGAGCCAUGUUCAAGCGAGUUGUCGUGGCAACGGUUACUAUGUUUUUUCAACAAUGGACAGGUAUCAAUGCUGUUCUAUACUACGCGCCCCAGAUCUUUGGACAGCUUGGCCUCAGUCAGACAACUACGAGUCUGUUGGCCACUGGUGUGGUCGGUGUUGUCAUGUUCAUUGCAACUAUUCCUGCAGUCCUCUGGAUCGACCGUCUGGGUCGCAAGCCUGUUCUUGCCGUGGGUGCUAUUGGCAUGGGAACCUGCCAUCUCAUCAUUGCUGUAAUCCUUGCCAAGAACAUUGACCGCUUCGAUCAGCAGCCCGCGGCUGGCUGGGCUGCCGUUUGCAUGGUCUGGCUGUUUGUGGUCCAUUUUGGAUAUUCUUGGGGCCCAUGUGCUUGGAUCAUCAUCGCAGAGGUGUGGCCUCUGAGCACCCGUCCGUAUGGUGUCGCACUUGGCGCUUCCAGCAACUGGAUGAACAACUUUAUUGUGGGGCAAGUUACCCCCGACAUGCUGACAAGCAUCACCUAUGGGACCUACAUCCUAUUCGGCCUCUUGACAUACCUUGGUGCGGCCUUCAUCUGGUUCUUUGUCCCGGAAACUAAACGGCUAUCUCUGGAGGAAAUGGACCUUGUCUUCGGCUCUGAAGGGACUGCCGCUGCCGACUUUGAGCGUAUGGAGGAGAUCAACACCGAGAUUGGUCUUAGUGCCGUUUUGAACCGCGCCACAGGGAAUGAUCGGCUCUCUCAGUCGGCUGAUUUGGAGAAGAGAGAAGUUAAUGCAGCUGCCACUGAGCAUCAAUGA